AUGUUUAAGCAACGAUCCCACGAUACUCAUCACGGCACGCAUCGCCCACAAAUCACGUCCAAUCCGAACCAGUAUACGAUCGCUCUUUUUGGCGACAGCCUCUUUGAGCGUUUCAAAACUACCGGUAGUAACUUUACUAUCAACAACAAUCCAUCGAUUCUGAAUCUAGGCGUUGGUGGCGACAAGGUCCUCAAUGUGCAGUACCGAAUCGAACAAGGCCUUUUGAGCGACUUGCAAACCAACCAGCCCGGUCUGAAACUCAUGUACAUUCACAUGGGGAGCAACAAUCUCAAGAAACAUGGCCUUCAAAAGAUUGAUGCGGAUGCGUACGCGACUGUGGUCAAGAACAUUCGAGAUGCGCUCCCGAACACCAAGAUUGUCAUGACUGCACUGUUCAAGCAACGUGGUCUAGCGGACGAAAUUAUCGACGAGGCAAACCAGAUGCUUCGACACAUAGCAUUGGAGAACAAUGCUGAUUUCUUACCUUUUGGAGACGACCAGAAGGGUAUAAUGAGCGAGGACAACGUCCAUUUGAAUGAGUUUGGGUAUUGCAAGUGGAACGCGAUCUUGGAGACGGACAUGGCAAAUAGAUGA